UGAAAACACCAAAAAAAAAAAAAAAACUCAUACUGGACUUUGUCGAUUUCAUUCAUCAACCUUUACUUUCAAAACAUAAUAAAAAAGCGUUGAUAUCAAUAAUCAAUUUCUUUUUAUUAUAAUUAUAAUCAGGGAAAAAUGAAAUUCGGUAAAGAAUUGGGAAUCCAUUUAGAACAAACAUUACCUGAAUGGAAAGACAAAUACUUGUGUUACAAACCCCUUAAAAAACUCCUUAAAAACCUCCCUAAUCCCAACCCUAAUCCUAAUCCUAAUCCUAAUCAGGUAGCUGAUGAUCUUCAGCAGUGGUUUGUUAGGAUUCUUAAUGAAGAACUUGAAAAGUUUAAUGAUUUCUAUGUUGAUAAAGAAGAAGAAUUCGUUAUCCGCUUUCAGGAGCUGAAACAAAGAAUUGAGCAAGUGAAGGAGAAAAGCUGCAAAGAUGGAGUUUUUACAUCAGAAAGUGAAUUCAGUGAUGAGAUGAUGGCGAUACGUAAAGAUUUUGUCACGAUUCAUGGGGAGAUGGUGCUUCUCAAAAACUACAGCUCCCUAAACUUUGCAGGUAUCAUUAAAAUUUUGAAGAAAUAUGAUAAAAGAACAGGUGGAUUACUGUGUGUACAUUUUACACAACUUGCACUUCGCCAGCCGUUUUUUACCACAGAACCUCUUACAAGAUUGGUCCAUGAGUGUGAGGAAAAUCUCGAACUUCUCUUUCCUAUAGAAGAGGAAGUAGUUGAAUCUACCAGCAGAGGUAGUGAUACCACAAGAGCACUGUUGUCAACCGGGGAGGGAACUUCAGAUGUGUAUAGGCGGACAGUUGAUGCUAUUAAAACCAUAAAGGGUCUUAAGAAAGAAAGUUCUACCUCCAAUCCGCUAUCGUUUGCAUCUAUAUUUGGCAACCAAGAUAUUGACACUGGUGCUAUAACUGCAGAAGAUUCAUCUUCUGAAUCACAAUCAGAACGAGAGUAACAGGUUCUGCUUUCUUGUUCAAUACUGAUUAAGGUUGAAACUACUGCGGAACAAGAACUACACUAUGACAGUAUGUCGAUAUUUUGACAUUGUAUGAUUCUUUUUGUGAGGUUUAAGUUUUGGAAUAUUACUUUUGUUUCUUUUUGUUUUUGUAAAUCAUACAGAACUGCUUGAUUUGUUUCUGCAAUAACAGUUAGUUGCGAGCAUUGUUAAUUUGUUA